AGGCCUCGCGCUCGGGCCCCGCGCCCACGCGCCCUCCGAGUCCGGGGGAGGAGUUGGCGCUCGGGAGUAGGCGUGGCCGCGGUGCCGGUGGAGGCGCGGGCGUCGCGGCCGGGGUUUCGGCUUGGACGCGGCCGGCGAGCUGGGGCAGUGUCCCCGGUGCUGGGGUCUGGACGCGGUUGUGGCGGAUCCCACGUCCGAGUCGGGGGCAGGACUUUUCGUCUGGAUCGGCGCAGCUGCGGCAACGCCGCGCGUCCUGGUGCAGCCGCAAGACUUGGUGCAGCUGCGGCGGCCGGGUUUCACCGCCACUGCCGCCUCCGCGAAGCCCUGCGGCUCCUGCGGGUUCUGGGAGAGCGACUCUGAGAGUUUCUCCAGCAGAAGGAGCUGGGACGCGCGGCCCGAGGCGGCGUGGGAGGGACCCCGCGGCCCGCCCCGGACCCGCACCCGCGCGGGCACUGGCGCUGAAGGCAGGGGGCCGGCGCUGCCCUGGCCUGGGCUCAGGCUUCGGAGCCGCAGGUGUAAGGAGAACAGCCCCGGAGCAGCGGCUGAGAGGUGGGGCGCCGGAACGGCGGCGGGUCUGGUGGGGUCGAUAACCCCCUUCUCCGUGCCCGCACUGGUGGCCAAGUGAAAGGUGGUUUUGGACACUCUGGGCAUGGCUGUUUAGUGUGAGUUCGUGGUAACCGUUUCAUGUCCUGAAUCCUGCACCUUCCCUUCUUCUGUGCCUGUGAGGUCUACUGAGCUUCCUCGCUAGCCAGAGAGUCUUCUGCGGUGGUGAGGCCUUCCUGGCCCCCUGAUCCUGGCCGGCCAUGGGGAGCACCCUAGGCUGCCACCGCUCCAUCCCCCGGGACCCCUCGGACCUGUCCCAUAGCCGCAAGUUCAGCGCGGCCUGCAACUUCAGCAACAUCCUGGUGAAUCAGGAGCGGCUCAACAUCAACACUGCCACGGAGGAGGAGCUGAUGACCCUGCCUGGGGUGACACGUGCGGUGGCGCGCAGCAUCGUGGAGUACCGCGAGUACAUUGGUGGCUUCAAGAAGGUGGAGGACCUGGCACUGGUCAGUGGCGUGGGUGCCACCAAGCUGGAGCAGGUCAAGUUCGAGAUAUGCGUGAGCAGCAAGGGCAGCUCCGCGCAGCACUCUCCCAGCUCCCUGCGGCGGGACCUGCUGGCAGAGCAGCAGCCUCACCACCUGGCAGCCACCGGGUCUCUUACCCCGCGUGUCAACCUCAACACAGCCACCCCGGCUCAGCUCAUGAGCGUGCGAGGCCUCACGGAGAAGAUGGCCGUCAGCAUCGUGGACUACCGCCGUGAGCAUGGGCCCUUCCGCAGCGUCGAGGACCUGGUGAGGAUGGGCGGGAUCAACGCCGCCUUCCUGGACAGGAUACGGCACCAGGUGUUUGCCGAGAGGUCCAGGCCCCCGUCCACCCACACCAACGGGGGCCUGACCUUCACCGCCAAGCCCCACCCCAGCCCCACCUCGCUGAGCUUGCAGAGUGAGGACCUGGACCUGCCGCCAGGGGGACCUACGCAGAUCAUCUCCACUCGGCCUUCCGUGGAGGCCUUUGGAGGCACGAGGGAUGGGCGGCCCGUGCUGAGGCUGGCCACCUGGAACUUGCAGGGCUGCUCAGUGGAGAAGGCCAACAACCCUGGGGUGCGAGAGGUGGUGUGCAUGACGCUCCUGGAAAACAGCAUCAAGCUGCUAGCUGUGCAAGAACUACUUGACAGAGAGGCCCUGGAAAAGUUCUGUGCGGAGCUGAACCAGCCAAUCCUGCCCAACAUCCGCAAGUGGAAGGGGCCCCGGGGAUGCUGGAAGGCUGUUGUUUCAGAGACGCCCUCGACCCAGCUCCAGAAGGGUGCUGCGUUUGCGGGGUUCCUGUGGGACACUGCGGCCGGGGUGGAGCUGCGAGACGCCGCCUGGCAGGAGAGCUCACCUGGCAACGGGCACGGGAAGCCCACAGGCCCCAGCCCGUACCUCGCGAGGUUCAAGGUGGGAAGCCAUGACUUGACCCUGGUGAACCUUCACCUCCCAGCCUUGACCCUCCCAGGGGGUGAGAACCCGAGCAAGAAUCACAGUGACAGCCACCGCUGGGCUAGCUUCGUGCAGACCUUGCAGGAAACCCUGAAAGGAGAAAAAGAUGUGAUAGUUUUGGGGGAUUUCGGCCAGGGGCCGGAGAGCAGCGACUACGAUAUCUUGAGGAAAGAAAAAUUCCACCACCUGAUCCCCGCACACACUUUUACCAACAUCAGCACCAAGAAUCCUCAAGGCUCGAAGACUCUGGACAACAUCUGGAUCAGUAAAAGCUUAAAGAAGGUUUUCACAGGCCACUGGGCUGUCGUGAGAGAAGGCCUCACAAACCCGUGGAUUCCAGAUAACUGGUCCUGGGGCGGAGUAGCUUCUGAACACUGCCCUGUGCUCGCCGAGUUUUACACCGAGAAGGACUGGAACAGGAAGGAAGGCCCUCGGAAUGGCAACGGGGUUACCCUGGAGCGAAGUGAGGCCAACAUUAAGCAUGAGCGAUGAUGAUACCAAAUCGGUUUGCCACGCCCUGACCCCGGAGGCAAGGAGCUCGCCCUUCCCGGUGAAGAUGCAGAGCCCGAACUGCCUGCCCUCUUGUCCUCGUUUUGACAGUGCCGGCGCCCGGGCCUCGAUCUGCCUGCCUUCCUUGCAGACACUUUUGUAUUUUCAUGGGGAAAGGAGCAUGUCGGGCCCUCGAGGUGCCCGAUGGUCAAAUCAGAAGCCCAGUGAAGAACUGAAGCGUCUCUGAUCUGCGGAUGCCGCCCACCUCAGCCGCCCCGGGGCUGGCCACCCCGCUGCCUGGACCGCAGCUCGAAGGGAGCAGCAGUGGAGGCUGAGGGCAGAGAGGGAGACCUCCCUGCGUGAUGCCAGGAGCUCUUGUUUCUGACCACCCGUCUGCGAUGUUCUGGCUGCAAAUUCCAUAAAGCUUUUAACUUGAGCACUCUCCUCAAACAUUUUGAGUGAUGAUUUUUAGUUUUGUUUUGAAAAAAUAAACAGAGAUGAACCUG